AUGUUUGCGGGAGAACGAAGAGAUCGAGGCGGGACCAGAGGUGGUCAAGCGGAGUUCAAAUGGUCGGACGUUAAGGAUGAUAAGCACCGUGAGAACUACCUUGGACACUCUCUCAACGCACCGGUUGGCCGUUGGCAGAACAAACGCGAUCUGCAGUGGUUUAGCAGAGAUAAAGGGAGCGACGAUGCCGCCGUGGGCAAGGAGGAGCUCAAGCGCAGGCAGGAGAUGACGCUGAUCAAGCAACAGGAGCAGGAGGCUAUGUCCUUGAUGUUGUACGUAUGCGUAAGCAUGAGCAUGUAUAAGUUCUUGGUGGUUGGUUGUGAGUUGCCUAUGCCUUGGAGUGCG